UGUUGCUGCUUUGAUAGACUUCAAGGGCACAUCGUUUCCACUGCUCUUUAAGCUUAAUCUUGAAAGAAGUCUAGGAAAAUGCCCGCCCUGCCAGUGCCAUCCUGAAAUCCUGCCAGGCAAUGGCAAAGUGAGAUGCCUCUGGGAUUUGAGCGACCAUAGCACAUUUUCCGGGUUACUCUGAAGACACCAACAAUCCUGGGGUUUUAUUCCGCCAGACGCCUGCAGUCCCUGAGGUGCUUGUGAACUCGCAUGCCUCGGGAGGCGCCAAGGCUGGCUGCGCUGGAGGCGAGCGCCCAGCGUCUGGCGGUUGCCUAGCGACGGCGUCCUUGCUAGUUAGGGCCGCAACUGUUUGCGGGCUAUCUAAAGAACCGCCAUGGAGACCCAGAGGAGCUCUCUUCUCUCCCGGGAUUUGGAGACCCAGAAGAAGGACCUGCAACUGCGGGUGACCCCGUCGGAGGUGAAGUUCCUGGACGCGCUGGCCGGGAGGGUUUACCGCCUUCCAAUUACCAUACACAAUGUUGGCAGGAACAGCCAGAAGAUCCGGUUACAGGAGCCUGUUAAGCCACAGUUCAGACUGCUUUUGACCAAUCCGGAUAAAGCACUUGCUUCUGGCCUUCAGGUGACAGCCGUGGUGGAAUAUCAUCCUGAUAAGGAUGAAGACACUUUUGACCAACUACUUGUUUCAGUAGGAAAUAAAACAAUACAGAUCCCUCUAAUUGGGUUGAUUCCAUCCUGUCAAUUGGAAAUUGACUCAGAAGUUAAUUUUGGGACAUUGGUUGCUGAUAGUAAAGUAUAUUGUAAAGAAAUUAAUAUAAGGAACCGUGGCAGUCUGCCAGGUAUGUUUAAAAUAGAAUACCACGGCCAAUUACCCAUUAUCAUUUUUCCGGCUAAUGGUAUUGUGCAGCCUAAGUCAUCAAUGGUUAUUAAAGUGGACUUCUGUGCAGACCAUGCCCUAAAUGCAAAUGAAGUGGCAAAAGUGAGUUUGCAAGAUCGUCCAGAAAUAUUCUUGACUAUCAAAGCUCGUGUGGUUGAGCAGAUUAUUGAAUUGUUAGACGUGAAUGAUAAUAAAAAGUUAAAAUGCAUAAGAUUUGGCUCUGUUUUCUUUGGAGCAUCAAAGGUUGAAGAUGCAUUUCUCUACAAUAAUAGCCCAGAACCCAUAAAUUGGGUAGCCAUAAUGCAAGAUGAUUGCGUUGGAGAAGAAGUGGGUACAAAUAUUCGACAAAGAACAGAUAUUGCUUUAAAUAAUCUCACCUACUUAAGGAAAAUAAAGAACGUAGAUAUUACCAGUAUUAUAUCCUGUGUUCCUAAUGAAGGGAGAUUACUACCUUAUCAGAGGGUUUUAAUUGCAUUUUGUUUCAGCCCAAAGCUAAUUGUUGAUGGUCAAAAGAACGAUCCUUCACACAGGCAGGACUAUGCUUUCUUCUUGAGAUUUGAGUCUGUAGGAAGUAAAGAUGGAUUUUUGAGAGAUGAUAACAGUAAAACUGUCAAAAGUGAUCAAUUGCAGAAAGUGGAAUUAGCCUUGACAGGCUCAGGAAUUCCUAUCUUAUUACACUUUGAUCCAGGAAGAGUCUUUAAUUUUGCACCAUGUUUCAUGGGUGGACAUUCAGAGAUUCAGUGUGUUAUCCAAAAUCGAUCCAAAUUACUUCCUGUGAUGUACAACUUUAAAAAAACUGCACAUUUUAAAAUUGAUCCUCAAAGGGGCAAAAUUGAUGAAGGAUGCAUGCAGAACGUGACAUGUUCAUUCAUUCCACAUCAAGUCGGAGUCUUUAAAGUGAAGCAGUUUAUAGAGAUUAUUGGUUCAGUGGCAGAUGAAAAUUUGCAGUCUUCAUCACUGAAGCCUUUCCAUCAGAUAUGUUUAUAUUUCAAUAGUGUCUGCAGAGCUUCCACCAGGAAAGUUGUGAUGAAAAUUAACCCUGGUAUAUCCCCUUUGGUCAGUAAUCCUACGGGACAAUUUGUGGUGAAAGAUUUGGCAAAAUACAAGGACCAUGCACCUGUUGCAAUGCUUCAGUCAACCAUGGCAGAGGUUCAUAAUCACAUCAAAAGUAAAGAGUUACUGAAAGGUGCCCUGAUAGCCUUUCCCAAUGACCGAGCUGCAAGUAUCAGGCCUGGAGACGAGCAUGAACAUUUCAGGACGAUUUUCACAAAGAUUCCAAGAUAUAACUAUCUGGAUCCUGAUUUUGCAUAUACCGAACUCGAAAAAAUAGAAAAGAAAGCACAUGAAAACUAUUAUGCAAGAUACAUUAAAUAUUUAAGAAAUGUGCGCCUGCAGAAACAAGCACAGAGGAAAUGCAUAUACUCAUUUGAUGAUACAGACAUAGGAUUACAACCAGCAUCGGGUCUAAAGUCACCUGUACUCUCAGAAGCAGAAAUAGAAGAGGAGUUACAUGGUCGGAUCAAACGUAACCAGUUGCUAAGUACCAGAAAUAUAUCAUACAAGGAAACAAAGGCUGUGAGGAGAAAGGUUCUCAGGGGAAUUAAAUCAGACCCAUCCACAGUCCAUGAAAAACAUGAUUGCAGCUUAACUCUGACACCAAAGCAAAUUCAUCAAGUAAUUGUUGGGCCUUCUAUCCUUAACUUUGGUGAUGUUUGUGUGAACUCAACAAAUACUCGUUUACUACAUGUUGUUAAUAUGCUACCUAUGCAUAUUUUGAUACAUUUAGAUGUUAAUUUGGUAGAACUUCAGAAAACCAGCCAAUUUUCAUAUGUGAUCCCACCUACAGCCAGUACUUAUAUUUCAGUUGUCUUUGAAUCUCCCACCAUUGGAAAAUUUUGGAAGUCUUUCACCUUUACAGUGAACGGUAUACCUGGUGGACACAUCCUAGUGAUGGCAGUUGUCCUGCCAGUAAAACUUGAGCUAUCUUCUAAUGAGCUCGUAUUGAGACCACAGGGCUUCUCAGUGACAUCAUGUUUCAGGGGGACAGUUAGGUUGUAUAAUCAUCAGAAUUAUUUUGUCAAAUUUGAAUGGCAGCCGAUAAAUAGAAAAGGAAUGGCAUUUUCCAUUCGUCCGGCUAAAGGCAUUGUUGAACCAUACUACUCACUGGAAUGUGAAGUAACAUGGCAGCCAGGCUUUGAUUCUCCAGAAAGAGGAGAAUUUAUUCUUCACGUCAAAGAAGGAAGCAUGCUGAGACUGAAAUGUGUUGCACAUCUUGGCCACACCAAGGUCAUACUUUUAGAGCCAAGGAUAUUCUUCAGGAAUAGUCCUCAAGGGUUAACAACUUGGAGGAAAGCCGUUCUUCACAAUAUAGGACAAAACCAUGCAUAUUUCAAGGUUUGUGACCAGAGUCUUUCGUCUGCAAUUAAUAUUGUUCCAUCGCAUGGAGUAAUUCCAUUGGGGGGACUAACUGUUCUCAAUAUCUCCUGUACUUCCACUGUGGUAGAAAAAUUUGAUACAAGUGCAAAGGUUGCUAUUCGCCAUGAAAACGACAUAGAACUUAGGAUUGGUGGAUCUAUCGAGAUUGCUGAUGUAGAAAUCAGUCCAGAUGUAUUUAACUUCAGUGGCACCUAUGUUGGUACUACCCAGAUUAUUCCAUUUUUGGUAAAAAACAAAGGUAUAACACGUGCCAGAGUAGAGUUUAAUAUGGAAGGCCUUGAAGGUUUUUCAAUGGAUUUUAAGGACAAAUCAGGGCAGUUCACAGACCCUGAAUUUCCUAACAUAUAUUUCUUGGAGUUAGAGGAAUCAACAUCUAUGGAGUGUGGCAUAGCAUUUUCUCCCAAAGAAGUGGCAACAUAUGAGUUUAAUGUUCAAGUUCGAAUUAAUUACUUCCCAUCUUCAGAACUUUACACUCAAUGUUCUUUGUCAGAUUCUCCUGUGAUUCCAAAGACAGUACCACUUAUUCGACCAUGCUACAUUCAAGCCACUGUGUUGCAAGCACCAUUGAGAUUAUCCGGCACUGAUUUUGUAUUUGACAUCCCAUUACAUACUAUGAAUCCUAAUAAGAAGGUUACAAAAACUGAGGAACUUGUCUUAUGUAAUACCUCAAAAAAAAAUGUAGAAUGGACUUUGGAUAUUAGUAAUACUGGCAGACUUUUCAAAGAUAGCAUAUUUGAAUUUAGCUCGCUCAGUGGGACUCUGGGACCAAAUGAAGAGUGUAAUGUUUCCAUAAACUUCUGUCCAAAACAUCCUAGAAAAUACACAGCGGAUAUUCCUAUGCGUUUAAAUGAUAAUCCAGUUUGCUAUCAAAUGUUACAUCUGGUUGGAGAGGUAAAAUUACCCAACUUAUUGUUUGACCCUGCUUUCAUAUUUUUCACUCCUGUUCCUUUGGAUGUAACAGCUGUGGUUGAUAUCAACAUUUUACCUCAGAACUAUUACAGAGAUUCAACUUUAAAUGUCCAGAUUUCCCCAGCAAGACUUCUUGGUGGUAAUGAGAUUCAGCCUCUUUCGGUGAAUUUUCCAAAAGGCAAAGUCAUUAAGGGCUCUCCCAGUGGAAUCAAUGCUCCGCUCGCCUGCCAACUCAGUUUCACAUCAUCUAAACCUGUGUCAUUUUUCACCAAGGUUCUUUUCUGUGAUGGCAGAGAUAACUGGUUUUCACUUCCAGUUACUGCAACAGCAGAAAACUGCAUUCUCACUAUUUAUUCGUAUAUGGCAAUUCAUCAUGGUGAGCAAAACAUUAUUUUAAAGAAUGAAAAGGAUGCCCAUUCCGCAAAGGCUGAAGGCAAGGUUUUGCUUAGCAAACAAGAAGCUAGGUUACCCUCUCCUGCUCCUAGUAAAUUUGGUGCUGCUGAGCCUGCAAAGGGAAGAUUAUUUAUUGGAAUGGAAAUAAUACCUGAAAGACUGAACUCAGGCAAAAAUAAAGUGUCAAAGAAAGGCCUCAAAUUUGUGGAAAAGGAGACAAAAUGCAAGAAAUUCUUUUUCCCUGAAGAAGGAACAAAGACAAAUGACUUCUUUCAGAAGAUUGUAAAUGCAGCUCAGACCUGGUUCAGUCUCUUCGGCUGGCCUGAAGGACCCCAUUCUCUUUCUAUUCCAAAGACUGUAAGAAGGGAUGUGUGUAAAAUAAAACUCUACUCAUCAACCCCAACGUCCAAAAAGUCUUCCAGACAGAAUGACUUUUCCAAAUAUAAUAAGACCAUUUAUGAUGUGAUAGUCCACUUGAGUGGAAAAAUGCCACCUGGAAUUAAUGUAAGUCAGUCUUUACCUGCGGAUUACACUGAAAAGGUGAUUCAACUUCAUUUGCAACAUUCUUCACUUCUUGAGUUUCUCAAAGCUCAAGGAGCAUGCAUUUCUCAUGUACUGCCAGAAUUUCUGCUUGAACCAGAAGAUUAUAAGAAGUGGAUUGAAAUGACAUCGUCCCCUAAUACUUCAUCCAAGUUUUCCAGUUUACCUAAGGAAAAGCACCCUGUUAUAGAUAUGACAGAGUUUGAAGCCUGGAGUAAACGAGCAUGGACAGAUGUAUUCCUUCAGAUAUACAAGGUUCUGGUACUAUCCAGGGUUGCACCAUAUAGCACCAAAAAUCUGCCCCCUAUACAUAUGCAUAAUUCACCAAAAAUUAAUCCUUGUUUUGCAUCCAGCAACAUAUAUUCCAAUCCUGAAAGGAUUCUGCUUAGUUGGAUGAACACAAAUUAUGAGAAUACCCGACACGUUAUUUGGAAAAACUGUCACAAAGGUGUUCCCUCUGAAAGAUGGAUAGUAAAUUUUGACAGAGACCUUUUAGAUGGCCUUGUUUUUGCAACACUGUUGGGAGCCUAUUGUCCAUUUUUGAUUGAGUCUCAUUUUGUAAAUAUGUACACUCAUCCGAGAAGUUCUGAACAGUAUCUGCACAACAGCCUGAUUAUUGUGAAUGUUCUUCGUGAAAUUGGCUUUGAAAUGGGCAUACAGGCCACUGACAUCUGUGAUCCAAAUCCAAUCCUGAUGCUCAUGUUUUGUGUCUACAUGUAUGAAAGACUUCCUACAUACCUCCCCAAGAAGGUGGUGUCCUUUCAUUGUACUCUACAUGACACUGUUCUCAGAGAGAUUCUACUGAAAAACCCAAGCUUAAAAAACUUAGUGUAUAAUGCUAUAAUUGUUGGAAGAGAUGCCACUGACUUCUCUCUCUCCCAAGCAGGGAACAUUAUUACAAUUUCUCCGAAAAACCAAAUUACUAUCACUCUGAGAUUUACCAGUCGCUUCCUUCAUCCUGCUGAAGCUUCACUGCUAUUAAUUUCAAAACCUAAGACUGGAAUAGGAGGUACCACGAUGGCCUUUGCUCUCAAGGGUGAAAUCCUCAAUUUUAAAGCCAUGGCAGUUAUAAAAUGCAAAUCCCCAUGUUAUAAAUGGAAAGAAGUCACUGUGAAUGUUAAAAAUCCCUUCCAUGCUGCUGGGGACUUCAGUGUGAUUUUGGUGGAAUCCUCAACGUUUAUCUCUUUGCCAUCCCAAUUAACUGAAACUGGACAGUCUGUUGACUGCGUGAAUGAUGGUGAUGCUGGAAGUAGCGGUGAACGUGAUAUUGCUGAAGGCUGUUUCCAGGCCCCCUAUGCCUUAAAAACCUCAAUUAAGUCCAAUUUCAUCAAAGAGUUCUUCUGCUCUAAGCAUACUCUUCACCUGGGAGCGAAAGGGACUUCAGAUCUGGAGCUCUUCUUUCUCCCCUUUGGCAUGCACACACGCUACUGUGUCAUCAUCCUCAGCAACAAAAAGAUUGGAGAAUUAAUAUAUGUUUUGGAAGGAAGAGGAGCAAUCCCUUUGCCUUCCAGAUUCUUUACAAUGGAUUCUUCAACUCUGCUUGACUAUGACACUUCUGCAAAGCGAGUGCUUAAUAAUGAAGAUCCAGUUCUGUAUUUGAAAUGUAAGCUCCAUCAAUCCCUGGAUGUGGACCUUAAAUUGCCACUGACUAAUGAAGCCAAGGAAAGGGCCUUGGUUUUUGCAGCACAGCAACAGAUGUCGAAGAUCGAGUAUGAGAGGAGGUUGAUCACAGGCACUCUGGAGAGCAGUAGUAUCCGCGUGGCCAUCGCCCUCCUGGGGCUGACUAAAGUCGAGACUUGUAUGUUCUUUACGAUCUCAAAGUUGAAGAAGCCGAAGUCCGUUUUAUAUAAAACAGAACUAAGCCUUCCGGACUAUUUUGAUAUCCCCAAGAUAGUCUGCAUUCCUCAGGUUCCAGAAACGCAACCUAAAUUGACUCAAUCUCAGGGAAUUAAAUCUGCAAAUGAAACAGGAGAUCUGAGAUCCCAGCCUCAAGUGCCAAAUGGUGAAGCAGCUGCAGAUGGAUCUGUUCCAGUUCCUUUACAGUUUGUUCCUAUCAAUCCUGGACGCUACCCUUGUAAAAUUUUGUUGACAUCAAAGUAUGAUGUGCGUGUCUAUUGCAUUGAAGGUGUAGUGGAUGAAGACUAUCCAGAUGCAAGAUUUGAUUUUGAAACACCAGCAUUUCAAGCCCUUACCCAAAAUAUUCCAAUAAAUAAUACAACAAACAAGGAAUGGAAAUGUCAAGUUACUAUAGAAGGAGAAUGGUUUUAUGGACCUCCUGUUUUACAUGUUGGACCAGGUGAAACUGUGAAUUAUCCUCUCACAUUCAGACCUAUUUUGGAAUGUGAAAUUAUGGGCAAACUUAUUCUACAAAAUGAAGCAGAUGGUAUGGAGCAUGUCUUUGACAUAACAGGGAUUGGAAAAAAACCCGUGGCCUUGGAACACAUCAUUAUAGACUGUCAAGUGGGGGAGAUAACAAAUAAAUCCAUAACUGUGCCUAAUUAUUCAAUGGACAUCCUAACAUAUAAGGUAUCUUCAGAUCUUCCAAUGGUGUGGGGAAAUCCAGAAAUCACUGUAGACCCUGAUAAGGCAACUCCAUAUAUUCUAUACCUAUGCACCUGGAAACGUGGUGUAUUCACAGGUACGAUUUCAUUUUCUGUUAAAUGCAAACUGCGAGUUGAUUAUCAGGAAGACUCAGAUCAAGCUCAAUAUGGAGAUAUACCCUUCUUUGAGAAAUCAUUUUCAAAACCAUCCAACAAGUUUUAUGAGUUAAAACCAGAUGAUCCUAUUAGCAAUUUACGAAUCUGCUAUUAUCUUGAGAUCCAUAGUGCUCCUGGACCUCCUUUAAGCACUAUUAACAUGAAAUGUAUUGCUCUGGAGAGCAUUUGUGUUGAAAUACCUCUCUUUAAUCCAAAAGGGAAAUUGAUUCACUUUGACGUGCAGUUAUCCAGUCCUGCCUUUAGUGGACUCAAGGAACUCGUACUGUUUCCACUAGAAUCUGUCAAAUACAUUGUACGGUAUUCUCCAGCAAGUACAGGCUGUAUACAUGAAAGCAUUACUUUUCAGCCUGAAAUGGCUCUAGAGUUUUGGUAUUUACUGAAAAUAACUACUGACAUGCCAAAGCCAAUCUCAAUGCCAGAAAUAUAUUGUGACCUUGGAAAAUUUUCCACUCAGAGAGUUUCUUUAGGUAAUCCUACACAUGAAACCUUAAACUUGGAAGCCACAAAUAGUAAUUCUGAAAAUUUUGUCUUGGAGAUGAGCAGAUCACCACUGAUCAUACCUCCUCACUCAUCCAGAGACGUAUAUGUUCACUUUCAUCCUUCUGCUCUUGGAAGAACUGGUCAUCAGACUUAUAUCACCUUUAGCUGUGCUCAGUUUAAAAACUGGGUAUUCCACAUCUCUGGAGUAGGACUAUUUCCCCUGCCUCUAGAAGUACAAAGAGUAACUACAUACCUUCGUCUUCAAUCAUCUCUUCCUAUACCUUUCAAAAAUCCCACUAAGGAAAAUGUUUUAAUCGAUAUCAUCGUAACUGGUCGGGAAAAGCCCAAAAAUCUCGUCAUGGCUCAGUUCUGGAACAGCUUUCUCUGUGAGACUAAUGCCUUCAAGAUUAGUGGUCUGAGUCAAACAAAAGGAAUUGCAUUGCCUCCUAAAGGAAAUCUAGAUAUUCAGGUGUUAUUUAUGCCCCAAGUUAUGAAAUUACAAAAAACAAUGGUCAUUAUUCAAAUGAGGAAGGCAAAUGGAGAAAAUUGGUUUAUUGACAAUUUUAAUGACUUGCACCCAGAGUUGAAAAGAGCUUUGGGACUAGAGGGAGAAGAAGUCCAAGAAAUACGCUGGAUACACCCUAUUGUUGGACUCCCACAGGCACCACAUCCUUUAUAUCCUGAAAUUGUCAUAAAAUGUCAGUCCAGAAAGCGGAUAGAAGAAAAUGUGGAAGUCAUAAUGUUUGGUGAUUUUUUUGGACCGAAUCCUAUCGUAGAUGUGACAGACUUUGUAGUGAUUCCAAAAAGAAAAUCAUAUAAUUCCUAUGAAGAUAUUGAUGAUGUACCUUUGAAACGUGAAUUUGAAUAUGAAAUUCAAUUUGAAUCUGAAGUUGCGAGGGCUACUUUGGAACCCUGCCUGGCUGUAUAUUUGAUCAAAAAAUCUUAUAAUGACAAGGCUGAAAGGAUAGCAUUGACCUUCAGUCUGGUAUUUGCACCAAAGAAACCAAUGAGGGCUCAAAUUACAUUGCAAGUAGAGAGCACAACCGAUGGGAUCUGGAGGUUUCCCAUGAUGUUGGAGGCUACUGAGCCUGAAGUGGAUGAUGUCAUCGAUAUUGAAGGGAUUGGUUUAUUUAAGGAAUCUACUGUUGACUUCAGGCUGACAAGCCAGACAAGAAAUCCUGAACCAUUCAUGGCAUACUUCCAACCUGGCAGUGAUCCUGAGUUUUUCGUAAAACCCCAGGUUGGAGAACUUCUUCCUUUGGACACUGAAGGAACUCUUAUCACUGUGGGUUUUAAACCCCGAAUGUACAGCAGGAAAUACAAAGCAACUUUAGCAAUACAGACAGCAGAUAUGUACUGGUUGUAUGAUAUCAAUGGGUUACCUCCAGUUACCAUGCCACCGAUGAAUGUAAAAGCCAAAGUUGACACUACUAACAAGAUGUUUGACAGAAAGUCAGUUAAUCAGCACAAUUUUAUCCAAGAAAAUGCUGAACUCAAAAGUACAGGAGUAUCCUCUACCAUCAAGGGUGCUCCUUUGAUGUUGAAGAAUAAAUAAAAAUUGUUUUUUUCCAAAAUAUUUCUUGGUUUUAAGUAGAAUUGAAUGUAUGUUCAUGAUUUGCAUUUCAUCUUUUAGAAUAUUCUUAGGAAUAAUAUUUCAGGAAUAAUAGGCCUUAUCUAUUUUAUUUUUCUAAAACUGACUAAAUCUAUCCUCUGAAUAUGCUAUACCUAAUUUCUGAGUUUUAUAUAUAUAUAUAUAUAUAUAUAUGUUAUAAAAUGAUAUAGUUGAAAAUACUGGGAUUGGUUCACUUUUAAAAAGUACAGGAGUAUGUUUGUAGUAAAACUGAAAAAUGAUUGUACUUAUAAAUUCAUGCACGUAAGCAUAUAUACUCCAUAUGGUCCUAUAUUUGCUCUUUAAAUAAUAAAGAAUAUUUCAAAAUGAUCCAAGAGAUAAUUUAUCUUCUUAAAGGAGAGUAUGUUGCUUGGUUCUUAUCACUGAGAGGAAAUAUAAUAAUAAACAGCCAAUAUGGACCAUCUUUAGGACAGUUUGAUGCAAAAUGACUGGCUCUGGCACAAAUCAGUCAUAUGAUUUUAAACAAGUCACUUACCUUUUUGUUCCCUAUUUCCUUGUGUGCAAAAUGGAAGAACUGUACUAGGAACAAGCAUUUUCAAACUAUAGCUAAAUCUAGUCUACCACCUGUUUUUAUGCAGCCUACUAGCAAAUAAUGAUUUUUACAUUUUUAAAUGGGUGAAAAAAAUCAAUAGAGGAAUAUUGAGUAACCCAAGAAAAUUAUAUACAAUAUAUUUGCAUAAUAUUUAAAUGAUCUUAAACAUCAUUAUACUGUGCCUUCUGAGAGUUGUACUUUUUCUCCUAUCUGAAAUGCUCCAAUAAUUGAAAGGAAGGUACCAAGAAUAGAGUACAUUUGGAUAUGACUUUUCUCAUUCAGAAAAGGGAACAGGGGAUGAGACACUGGAGACAUGCUAUUAACUAUUUCAUGUUGUGAAUAUUUCAAAAAUGUUUAAAAUUACGAUGCUCAAUUGUCACAUUUCAGAUUUUAUCCUGGAUGUUACCUUCUUUGGAAGAGGUAUCUGUAAUUGGAAAUGUCAGCACAACUAUUAUUUUUCCAAAUGAAAAUGGAGCAAGAGCAACACAAGUCAAUAAAAUUGAAUGGUGAAUAAAAUUCUAGGAAUCCAAAGGUGUCAGGAAAGGAUUCAGGGAGAGGAAAUUGAAUAGUUUACUUCACACCACUGGAGUGGUUUGCUUUAUUCCACUUGUAGUCAACAUAGUAUUGGAAAUCCUUGCCACAGA